GGCCGUCGCAGCCCCUCUGGCAGCUGCUCUAGGCCGUGUUGCCACUGGCUGGCUCAGAACACCUGACCACGCGCACCGGGAGCUCUGCUACGCUGAUUGGCCUGUGCCGUGAGGGAGGCUCACGCGGCUGAGAGACGAGGAGCCGGCGAACACGGUUCCCCGAGGGGCCCGCCAAGAUGGCGGCCAAAGGGCAGCUGCUGACCUGGGAUAUUUCACCAAAAAAUGGCAGUGAAGUAUUUUUCUCACACGAGAUUUACAAAAAAUAUUCAUUGGCUCCAAGCCUCUCUGAGCUAUGGCAUUUGUCAAACAGCUAGAGAAGGCUUUUCUGGUUCAUCUCUGUUGGAGCAACUUUCAUUGAACUGGCAGAGAAAGGCAAAGAAAAAUCUGGAGGCAUUGGCAAACUCUUUAGAAAACAGACAGGCUUAUAGCAUGAAGGCUGCAGAUCCAGCUGAGGUGGAGGAUAAAAGCACAGCUGAUGAUCAUCCUUUUCCAGAACCUAGACUCCCCUAUCCAUUUACCUCUAGUUUGACUGAGAAGGAGCAGAAAACAUACUUAUAUUUGAUGACUAAGUACUCAAAAAAACCACAACAUUUUCAAGUUAAUGCAGCAAGGCAAAAAGAAUUAUUUACAUACCUGCAAAUGAAAGAAGUAGUAAACAAUGAAAUUACAGAAUUUAUGAAAUUUGCCCAAAAUGCUGCAAAAAGCUGUGUCCAAGAUUAUGAUGCCAUCUCUGAAGAUGCACUACGUUAUACUGAGGAAUUUUUACGUGCUUGUAUUGGACAUGUGCAAAUGUGUCCUGAGUGUUACACGCUUCAGGAGAUCAUGAGUAUCAUGGGAGGAAAGUUUCAUACAGAGUUGACCUUUAGGCUGGAAAAAAAUCUUCUUGCAAUGGGUACGGCAAGACGUGGUAAAACAGAUUUCCCUACUAUGCCUGUUCAGCUGCCCACAGAUUAUAAAACUGUUACAUCUAUUAUGACUCCAGAAAAAAAGUCUUCUAUUAUUCACAGCGAUGUUAGUUCAGAUUCAAAUGCAGAAAAACUUGCUUUGAAAUACUGCCCUCAAGUUGUGUUAAGUAAUCAGUCAUUAUUUACUUUACUCAAUAAUCAUGGACUAAACUACAAGGAACAAUGGGAAAUUCCAGUUUGCGUUAAAAUGGUCCCUGUUGCAGGUAGCAAACCAGCUAAAGUGGUUUAUGUUAAUUCACCCCUACUGAGAAAGGAAAUGACAAUAAGAGAGAGGAACCAAAUCUUCCAUGAAAUUCCAAUGGACUUCAUAGCAACUAAAACAUCCUACGUUUCACUUUCUGAUGUAUCGAUGGACAAACCAGCUGAGGACAGUCUGUUUCAGUGGGAUACAUCUUCUGAUACUUACCAGUACAGGAAGAUUCCCCUUCCAGAUGACACAGGGAUGGACUUUGAUGAUGAUGUUACAGAACUGGAAACUUUUGGAGCAACUGUGAAGCUCUCAAGAACAACUAAAAUGGAAAGUGCUUUUCCUUCAGUUAGUAACACUGCUAAAGUUCUAUCACAUGGCCUAAAAAUGGAAAAAAAUAAUACAUACAGCAUAAACAGUGGAGGUGAAGAGGAGAAAAACACCAUUUCCAAGCAAGGAGAUUCAGCAUGUGCCAACAUGCAGCUUCCAUCAUUAGAUGGCAUUCAGUGCUUCAGCCCUGAAGAAAAUCCAUCUCUUAAAAGCUUUAAUUCAGAGGAGGUAGGACUGAACAAAGCACAGCAUGUCAUGACCAAAGAAAUAUCAGUCAAUGAAACAAAAUUAAAUACUCUAUCUAAUGCUGUUAGUUACAAGAAGGAGUCUGAUACUGCACAAAAAAAUGAGACUUACACUUCUUUAUGCAGUAGUGACACAGAUGAAGAGCAUUUGAUAAUUGAUACAGAAUGUAAAAACACUGCUUGUUUGAAAACAACUGUACCAAAUACUGUUUCUUGUACCUCUGCAGAGCCUGCUAAAUCACCUUCCCCCACCCAGGUUCCAUUAGCAAGCAAGACUGAUAGCUCAGAUAUCAUGUAUCAGGGAAAAAAUACCUCCAGAAAGCCUACAAGAAAGUUGUCCAAAGAAUUUGAUCCUGUUGGACAGAUUUUGAAAAUGCAAACUGAACUUCUCAAGUCACCUUCCCAAAAAGCUAAUGAGCAGCUAGUGGUGAGCUGUGAUGAUUCUAAUGCUAUGCCAGUCCACAUGUUUCAAUCUCCAAAAGCUUUGGUGACCUCCAGCACAGAAACUGUGCCAGCUUCUGCCUCAAAUCCUAACAGCUCAUCUAGAAAUACCUGGACUUGGCUUUUUCAGGGAGUGCCGAAGAGAAAGCUGCCAAAUGAACUUCAGAUGCUCAAAGAAGACCCUUCAGAGUAUAAAGCACCUCAGGAGGGCAACCUUGUGUAUAAGCUAUUUAGUUUGAAUGAUCUGUUGUUACUUGUGCGUUGCAGUGUGCAAAAAGUGAAGUCAUCGCCACGAUACCAUAUAAAGAAAAAAACCCAGAAGCUUACUCCAAUAUUCCUGUUGCCAAAACUAGAAUACCAAGCCUAUUAUGGUGUCGAAGCUCUUACAGAAAGUGAAGUAUGUCUGUUGUGGACAGAGAGUAUGCUGCAUUCUGAAUGCUUAUUUUAUAUUGGACGUAUUGAUGCUUUUACAUCAAAGCUUAUUAUGCUAGAAAAGAUUUCUCCAGAAACUUUAAGAGAAAAACUUGGAUUGAUUAAGCCUGCGAAUUCAUUAAAUAUACUUCAUCACAUUUUGAAGAAAGUGUCUGAUUUGCAGGAGGGAAAUUACUUAUUAACUCAUGCUGCAGGAGAUUCAUCAGUUGGAAUCUACAAGAGUUCUCUUGACAAGACAAUGAGAGCAUCAUAUAACUUACACAAAGCUCAUUGUGAUCUGCCUACUGUACCUGCCACUCUUUCAGUCCCAUGGGUGCCACUAGAUCCCAGCCUCCCUUUGCCCUAUCACAUGAAUCAUGGAAGAGUUCCAUGCACCUUUCCACCUGCCCCUGGGGAAGCCAUGUGGAAACAGAAGAUGACUGGGGUGAAAGGACAGUCGGACACACCCUAUGAGGGAAGGCCAGUAGCUUUGGAAACAACAGGCAAUCAAGCUAAGUCUGUUAGAAAUGAAGGUGUGGCUACAAAGAAGCUGAAGAAUUAUUACUGCAAACAAAGAAUGAUGAAGAAAAAGUGGAAAAUGAAGUAUAACAAAAUGCAGCUGAAGUAGGAGUAGCUAAAUCAUGCUGUGAUAAGUAUGGCCUGGAGAAGGACAAGACAAAACAAAAAAUCUGAGGCUUUCUUACAGCUUCAAAGGAGCCAGAACAAGCUGGCAGGAGAAAUGGCUCCACAGCUGAAAAGUUCUAUAAACCUUUAACCCUUUCUUACCUUAGUGGACACAUUUCAAGUGAAAAUCUCAAAUUCAGUCAGAAGAAAAAAGGCUAAUGUCUACAGCUGAGGUUAGGGGGCAAGAGUAUCUUCUGUCAGUCUCAGGAUUUUUUUAGAAAAAAUACAGCUUGAAGAAAGAAGCAGUGGUUGACAGCAGUAUCUCAUAACAACAAGAAAAAUAACUUCUCAGCUUUCUUAAUUCUUCCAGAAUCACUACAGAUUUUUAUUCUAACAUAUUUUUAAAUUGUUUUACUUUGUGUAAUGUGCAUAAGGGGAACAACUGAUAUUUAAUUACUUAAUCUUUUUUACACAUAGUGACUGCCAGUUUCUAAAUUACUUAUGAAAAUACAUUUUCUUUUUAGGAUGGUGUAACAAAUGAGGUUUGGGGAACAAAAGCUGUGUUUAUUUGAAUAGUAUGUGCCAUAAAUUUGCACUAGGAAACUUAGGAGUAUAGCUAAAGAGUUAAAAUACAUUUAUGUUUCCCCAAAACAAAUUUUUAUUUGUUUUGUUUCCAUUUGUUUCCAUUGGAUUCUGGAGUGUCUUCAAAAAUGAAUAUUGCAGUUAUUUAUUGUAUUAUUGAAUGGCUGCAGUCUAAAUCUCAUAUCAGAUUGCACACUCAUAUGCAGUAGGCCUUACCUGAGGUAUUAAGGUUUGCCUAGAGGAACAAGUGAUUGGAUCGAGGUCUUAGUCAUUGUUCCAGAAACCUAACUAGACUAUGCUGUACAUCAGCAAUUUGCUUGAAAUUUAGACUUACCGUCUAUGAAAAGGCCAAGCUAUGUGAUGACAUGAAGUGUCCUAGUUAAUUGUUUUGAAUGUUACUAUAUAAACGCAUUUUAUUCUGUGAUGUGUUUGUAGUGAACAUGACUGUUUGAGGGAAGAUUUCUCUGUAUUACAGCUAUUUUAUGGGACAUACUUUCAGUGUUUCAUCAAACAGAAUUAAACAGAAACAGUCAUUGAAAUUGAGGCUUGAAAAAUAUAUUAUCUGUCAUUGCUUUUGUUUCAUGUUUUUUUUAUUUCUGCUUAUGUCUUCCAUUAUUAAGAGUAUUGUUUUUAGAAUAGCUCAUGAAUUCUUGAAAGUUUCAGGAUUUAGUCCAAUAAAUUCUUGUCUCUUGGACAACACAACUAUUUCAAAAUGUCUGAGCCAAUUUUUGUUUGGACGAUGCUCUGGAGAGCUGUUUGUAUGCAUGCUUAAAUUGCUAACAUGAAAAACAAAGGCCUUAAAAGACUUGGAAGAACAUCUUUACUUGGACUAAGGAAGUUACCAAGUACACACAUCUGAUCGAGCAUUCUUCUGCUCACUGGAGCUUGACAUAUUUCAAUGUCAUGAAAAUAAAAAAUAUUUGUUGUUUACUGAGGUAUACCUGUUAUAAAAUCCUGAAGACAAAUAUUUUUUUAAAGGAGUUUUAAACAAUGAAUUAUUAUUAAAAACCAUUCUUUGUGAACUACA